AUGUCCUCAGCCGCGGAAGAAUCAACCUCGUCCGGGGCGCCGACCUCGACCCCGGUCCCGGCACCCCCCGCCGAAACCCCCCUUCCCCCCCGUCCAAAGUCGCCGGGCCAGCAAAAGCUGAUUCCUGCCGCCGCCGCCAAUCAUUCCCGUCCCUCACCAGACUUCAACCUCCCCAAACUCCGCCUCGAGAUUCGGGACCUCAAAGACCCGGCCGCCGUUCACUUCCUCUCCGCCGUGAACGCCAGCGAUGCUCUCACAACUGCCGUUCGCUCCGUAUUGACUCUGCUUUACGAGUCGCCCUCGUGCAACACCACCCACGUCCCACCAACCCGCUCCGUCACUCUGAUCCUCCGCCACAUGGACGGCGUAGCCUACACGACGGGCUCUGAACUUGACGAUGACCACAAGGAAAUCCACUUCUCUAUGUCCUACAUCGCGGGCAUCCCCGCCGAGCGUCGUACCGACGAGAUCAUGGGCGUCCUCACCCACGAGAUGGUCCACUGCUUCCAAUACAAUGCACACGGAACCUGCCCCGGCGGUCUCAUCGAGGGGAUCGCCGACUGGGUCCGUCUGAACGCGCAUCUGAGCCCGCCCCACUGGAAGCGCGAUGCGAGCGGUAACUGGGACGGCGGAUACCAGCACACGGGCUACUUUCUUGACUAUCUCGAGGCUCGUUUCGGUGCUGGCACAGUGAGGAGAAUCAACGAGAAGCUCCGUAAUCGGCGCUACAAGGAGAAGGAGUUCUGGACGGAAUUGUUGGGCCGGCCUGUCGAGCAGCUGUGGAAGGACUACGGAGAAAAGACAAAGGAUGACGAGACGGUGAUUGUGAACAAAGACGACAUUUCUGACGACGACGUUAGGCUGGGCAGGUUUCGGGCUGCUGAUGAGAAUCCUGUUCUCAUGUGA